GUAAAAGUCUACGACCGGUUUGCGUAACCGAAGAAUCGCACCCGACAAAAAAAAAAAAAAAAAAAAAAAAAAAAAAAACGAGAGAGAUAAAAACUACAAACGAUGCAAAAACUACAAGUGGAAGUUUGGGAGGUGCAUAGAAGCUAAAGUGGACGUCCAGCAAACGACCACCUCACGAAAUGUCACGGGAACAAUGCAAGCGAUUGAAGCAAGAAACGCGCGACUCUAUGUUUGUUAUAACUUCACGUGUAGGUGUGCCACACAACGAUACAAAUUAACGUUACAUGUAUUGUUUCUGCGAUUUAGACGGUGCACAGCUUUCUCGCGAAUCACGGUUGUAACUCCUUUACGAAUCCAUAUAUAUCUAUACACGUGUCUGUAUAGAUAUACUGAUACAGGUAAUAUACCGCGCAUUCAUUCUUGCAGAAACAUCCAACAGUUACGAAGAAAAAGUUUUCCCGACUUCGCACAGCUUAUGAAACAAUAAUUUAAGCGACCUUUCAAUCAGAGUAAUCGAAACUCAUCGAGGAGAGGAACAAAAAAAAAAUCUACCAAUGGUAUACGGUUGUGUCGUGAUAUUAAAAUUUUAUUUAAAAAUACUGAGACAAAUCCGAGGGGCCUAUAAAUUUUCGUCCUUUCUGCGAAAUAUUUUCAGUUGAUUUCGGCUGAUUUGUCGAGGAAAAAAAUGAGGGGAAACUUUCGUAGCGAAAUUUGUGGAUAUAUGCGUACACCUUGCGGUAUGCAAGGUCUCGAAAUCUCGUCAACCAUGUAUAGUUGUAGGUUUAUGAAAUUUCGUUGCUGCACACUGUCCUGGAAUUCCUUUAUUGUUAUAUGUAUGUACGUACAAUUUUACAACGCGUGACUAUAAUCCGCUGUUUAUAGGUAUAAACGACACCGGAAGUAGCCAGUGAGGCAGCGACCAGUUACGUCAAUGUCUGCCGCUACCGCCGCGGCCGCUGAUGCUAUAGGAAAGAAAGAGUGAAGAACUGACUGGAAAAAAAAAAAACAACGCUGCAAAGUACGCUUUCGAGACGGCCGUCGCGUCCUUAUAGCGUGGUCGUUCUAUCGGUCCAAAAUUUCUUCUGAUCUUCCUCGGUCUUUUGCGUUUUGAUAUUUUUCAGACGCAUUCGAUCUGGUUUUCGGCCAUUUUGGAGCUGAGACCCAUCCACGUUCGGCGGUUGGAAAAUACGCAUCGGUUCCACCACAGACCCACAUAAAUUGAUCGCUCGGAACGCAAUCAAACAAUUUAUUCGUAUAGUGGCUCGCAUUCGACCCAUCGCGAACCUCUAACUUCGAGGAGCUACAUCCUUCGCUGGUCCAGUUGGCUGUCUAGUUUAUAUAUCAAUGAUACGUAUAGACUGAAAGUAUCGCAGAGACGUCGCUGAGUGAAACGACGAUUUCAUGAUUACCGGAUUGCGUACCAGAAGCGCAAAAUCGUUGGAGAGUACAAUGAAUUUCAGGUGGAAUCAUCAAUCAAACAAAGAGACUCGGACGAGUUUUUGUCCCUUGAGAAUUUCUUCUUUUCAACGACUCGCCGCUAGUCGUCUUAUCUGAUUUGAUCGACGCGAGCUUUUACCGGUAGUUUGAACCGAGCAAGUUUCCUUAACCUUGACAUUUAUUGGCUCGUGAUUCUGCGAGAUACAGUUUCUAUCUCCCGUAGGUUAGAAUGUAUAUUAUGCAUCGAUGUAAUAGAGAAAGUAAAAGUAUAAGGUCAGAGGUAUAUCUAUAGUAUAUUUUCAGCGCGUUGACCCACGAAUUGAAAUCUCUUAAGUUUGAGACACAAACGCUCUCACGACGAUCGCCCGAUUCCUCGACGAAUUACGUGAUCUAUAAAUAUUAAUUGUCAACGAUCGAGGUAGAAAUUCUACCGCGAGUUAUAUUUUCACUGUACACGCUGCGGGCGCGUAGCUGAUUGUGAGUCCCGUAAUUUAAGUAACACAAUGCGUUAACGAGAGAACGAGGGAAGAGAGAAAGAGAACGAGAGAAGUAGACGCCUCACUCGAGGCUGGACCCCAUGAUCGUAUUGUCGCGCUUCUGCGGUGCACAGUUCAGUGCUCGAAGAGUACCGCCGAAGGGUCGGAGGGUCGGAGUUCAUUGUGCUUUACGAGUGUUUUCCACCGUUUUAACGGCGACGCAUCGUGCCGUGUAGGAGGUGCGCUUUCAGCCAGCGUUGAAAACAGAUCGCAUAUCGAUCGUGGCACCGGACUAGAUUGAAAGAAAAAUUGAAAAAUUGUCUCUUCGUCGCGGUGAUCCCGGUCUGGCAAGUGUAAAAACUGAACAAAAGAACAGUGCUGACGUUGCGGUGAUUCGUCGAGGAAAGGAUCGAGAUGCUGGUCAAUUAAAUGUUUUCCCAACCACGUGGCGUUCCAAGAUGACCGAUUGGAUUCCACAGCUGCUGAUCUUAACGUUAAUAACGUCGGCUCUGUCGUCGGGAAUUUCUCUGUCUGGCGAGCACGUGUGCAGCAGGGUUGAAAACCAGACGAUUACGUCCAGGGAAGUUUACACGGAACCGAUAAAAGUCCAGACCUUCACGUGGUGCUUUCAAGUUCCCCCGAGGUGUCCAAAAACUCGAAUAGAACUGAGAGAGAAAUUUCGGAUAAAGCACACCACAGAGGAGAGAGAAAUAUUCGCAUGUUGCGAGGGUUACGUGCCUGAAGAAUUGAAAGGGGAUGACGCUGUGACGAAAACGAAUCCGAAAUGCGUACCUCAUUGCAAAUCUUGCAAAAAUGGUGUUUGCAUCUCGCCGAAUAUAUGUCGGUGUGAAUCCGGCUACCGAGGAGAUGACUGCGCCCACGAAUGUCCGAUCGGAUCUUGGGGAAUUCAAUGCGUGGAGAAGUGCGAGUGCGCGCCCGGAGAAUCCUGCAACCCAGCCACCGGCGUUUGCGAAUGCCCCGCGGGAUGGCAAGGACCCGGCUGCAAGCUACCUUGUCCCAUAGGUCGAUGGGGUUUCAGGUGCGAAUCGACCUGCGAUUGUCCAGACAACUGUGAUCCGGAAAAUGGAAAUUGCUUUCCCACAAAACACAGGAAUAUCGACGGGACAUCCUCGGUAUCUCCGGGCACCACGGAGACGACCCUUCCGAAAACUACGAGCGAAGAUCAGUGGACUCCUCAUAAGAAUAAGGACCUCGUUACGACGUUAUUCGAAACUACGGAGGGGAGCGCAGGCGCCCUGGAUGAAAACGGUAUCCUUAAAACGGAACUUCCGUUUCCGGAUUACGUUAAAACUCCAUCGACCACGAUGAGCCCCGUUGAACUCACGCCAUUCGAGGAAAUUCUCGCUGAAACGGGCUCGGAACUCCCUUUGAUACCGCCGAGAUUUUCGGAGGAACUCAGAUACAGUGCCGAUCAGGUGGAAAACGAUCUCGACGCACCUGACGUUGGUAGCAAAACUGACUCGCCACAUCCCAGUUACGUGAAAACUGUGCAGAAAGUGAUAUUUCUCUCUGCAGAUCAAGUCCCCCAAAUAUCGUACGAUAUCACCGUUCUAAUCGUCGUUGGAGCGGUCGUUACACUGUGCGUAGCAACUCUCGGUGCUCUGAUGGUCUUCUAUCUGAAAUCAAAAACCUUCGAAUCGAUUCCGCUGUCGAUUUAUAGCAGCGGCAAAACGAACAAAGGAGACGACGAAAAGGGAAACGGACUCAAAAGCCUGAAGAUCACCAGUACAACACUUCCGCCACUACCGAAUUUCGUGAAUCCGGUAUUUACCGCGACGACUCCCGAAACCGCCCUGAUCACGUUCGAUGCUGCGGAACUCAACAAACAUUAUGACAACAGGACGGCGACCAUCAGCAUAAGAGUGUCGAGGAAUAUAAGAGAACUUUUGGAGAGCCACUACGAUCGACCACCAGCAGCUACGUGUCGUCAUCCCACUGUUGACCAAAACUCGGAGCAUGUCUACGACGAGAUUCCGCUAACGGCACCUUUAUGCGUUCGCAAAGAGGCAUGAUCAUUUGUAAUAUAUUUCGGAGGACUGAGUUUUUUUCAUCAAACUGCGAAG